AAACUCUACCUUCAACUCAUAUUUUGACGCGUCCAUAAUUUUCCUUUGUCGUUAGUCAUCGUUCUCCUUAUAUAAACACCACCCUCACCUCAUAUCUCACAAACAAACUCAAAUUAAAAAGAUUACACUUUGGAAAGCUUGUGUUUCGCCAACCUUUGAAAUUCUUAUCAAAGAAACAACAAGAUUUCCUCGGUUGUAAUCCACUCUUUAAUCUCAUCACACCAAUGGCUCGCUCUUUCGCUAACGUCAAGACUUUCUCUGCUCUUCUUCUAGACGGAUUCUCCAACGCUCUAACCAGACGCGGAUACUCUGUUGCAACACAGAGCGCGACAAGGGGAGCAGUUACCUCCAUGGCAGGGAAGUCAGGGGAAGAGAAAAGGGUGUCGACGUACGAGGUUUCAUGGGUGCCGGAUCCUGUCACUGGUUACUACAAACCAGAGAACACCAACGAGGUUGACGUUGCCGAUUUGCGUGCUACUCUUCUUCGCAAAAAAUUCAACAACAACUAAUUUCAAACAAAAUUUCAUUUACCCUCCGUUUAUUUAAUUAAAAAAAUUAUGGAAUUGAAGAUUCAACGUUGCGUUUCUUGAGCUUUCGGAUCUGCUUCAGAUGAUGAUGACGGCUUAACGAAAACUAGGGUGAUUGAUUGAUUGAUUAUUUGUGUUUAACACAAAGGACGAGGAAAAUAAUUAAUGUCUAUGGUUGCUCUGUACUUGUUGUUAAAGAGAAGACAUUCAUUUUAUUAGGGUUGUGUUUUCUUUUUCUUUUUUUGCUUUAGUUUGUAGAAGUGAUUUCUUUCGCAAAAGAGAAUAGUCAAUACUGCAAUUCAUUUGCAUUAUGAAUAA